UGGACCGGAGGUUCUCAGCUCGUCUGCGCUUCGUGCUGGAUGACAAGGACCGAGCUGGACGCGCUGUAAAAUUUGCUGGACAAUACCCAGCGUCUACAGACGGCUUCCUCCAGCGUUUCCAGAUGGCUGGUAAGUUGCUGAUGCACCUACAGCGCGUCACAUCCUGCAUCAUCCCGGCUCAAGUCCGCGACCUGCUAUCGCCGUGUACAUCGUGCGAGACGAACAUGCCCAACACGGAGCCGAAGGAACACCGUUCAUGAUGAUCCUAUUGUCAUCCAAUGCGGGCCUAGUCAAGUCGUACGUACUGUAAGCAGGCUGACACAAUGCUGGGCCUGUCCUUGCGUCCCAAAGGUGUUGCGUCCCCAAGGUAUGGAGUCGCGCACGGCGGCGCCAGAGACCCUGGGAUCACACGCCCAUCUUGGCCUCGCUCAUCAGUGCAACUUGGCUGUACCCUUCCCGUCAUAGCAUUACCGCGGAGGCACGUCUGCGAGUUUUGGUCAUGGCAUCUCGAUGGUUUUCGUACCAUUUUCUCCUCCCAUCAUUGCGCUGCCAUCGGGCCUAUGGACACCGCUCAACCUUGCCAAUGCGGUGCUCGUUAUCGCCGCCGCGGAAGGUUGUAAUUUGCAAAAUGAUGCUGUUGAAACAUUCGAGUGCCACAGUGUCAGCUCAACCUUGUUUGAUGGUGCAUUCCACUACAGUUAGAAACGAGAAACACAUAUAACACUCUCGGUACGCUGCCGCACCCUCACCUGCUGUGAACUCAAUUCACGACAGCAUGAGCGACACAGUCCCAACCACCCUCCCUGAGCUCCUCCUCAUCCGUGCUCAAGAAUCAACUUCCGCGCACAUCGGCUAUCUCGAUGCUGAAGGCACCGUGCAGAAGGAGCUCUCCUAUACAGACUUGUAUCGUGAUGCCUUGAAAACAUCCCAGCUUCUCGUGGCGUAUGGCUUGCGUCCUGAAGCCGAUAUCGUCAUCACGUAUUUUGAGGAUCACGAAAGCCAUAUUCGCCUGUUUUGGGCCUGCGCUCUCGCCGGAAUACCUGUCUGUCCGCUUCCACCUCUGCAUCCGGAUCGCUCCCGGCAAGCCCUUUUCCUCAACCACCUGUCGAGCGUCUUCCGGCGGCCCACCCUUAUUGCCAAUAAGCAGACCAUCGCCGACGUCCGCGGUGUCGCUCCUGACCUCCGAGCCUUGUCGUUCGCAGACAUCGAGCAUCUCAGCAUCGAUGCUGAUACCCUCGCGUCAGUCUACCCAUCUCGUCCGAUCUCGCCGGACGAUAUUGUGUGUCUGAUGCUGACCUCUGGAUCGACGGGCAACUCAAAGGCCGUUGCCCUCCGCCACUCGAAUCUUUUGUCCAGCGUCCGCGGAAAGAUUAAGCACCACAAGACGACGUCUCGGUCGCGGUUUCUGAACUGGAUUGCCUUCGACCACGUCGCUUGUACGUCCGAGGUGCAUCUCCAUGCGCUUGCAGCCGGCGCUAGCCAGUACCAUGUCGCGCCGUUUGUCAUCAUCCAGCGCCCGCGCAACCUGCUCGAGUGGUGCAGCCGUCUGCGCAUCACAUACUCGUUCAGCCCCAACUUCCUCAUCGCCCAGCUCUGCCGCGAUGCCACCGCAGCGCCGUACAGUGCCCAUGAGCUGGACCUGUCCGCGCUCGUCGCCAUCAUCUCUGGAGGCGAGGCCGUUCCGAUACAGACAGCAGUCGAGUUCGCGGAUCUCCUUGAGCGGUAUGGCGCGCCUCGCAACGCCCUCCGCUCAGGGUUCGGCAUGAGCGAGACUGGGGGUGGAUCCAUCUACGACACCCGCGACAUUGUCCGCAACGCAAGUGACACUACCGAGAAGUACCUUUCUCUUGGUGAAUGCUGCACUGGCAUAACGGCUCGCGUCGUUUCACGCGACACCGGCGAGGUCUGCGACGCAUUCGUGCCUGGCCAGCUCCAAGUCAAGGGUCCGACUGUCUUCCGCGAGUACUACAACAACCCCAAGGUGACGGCCGAGUCGAUCACCGCAGACGGGUGGUUCACGACCGGGGACAGUGGGAUGUUCGACAAGGACGGGAACCUGCACCUCGUCGGACGCGACAAGGAUCAGAUCAACAUCAACGGCAUCAAGCACCCCUGCGCAGACGCCGAGCACUUCAUCGAGGAGAGCGAUAUCGAUGGCGUCUCGCAUUCUUACAUCUUCGUUUGCCCCAUGCGCCUGCCCGGCGGCGAUACUGACACCUACGCAGUCUUCUAUCAGCACCGGAUCCGAGUUGAAAACGAGCUGAGCGAGGAGGAUGUUGCCGCCCUCUGCGAGGCGAAUCGCGCGAUCCGGAAGCGGUGCAUCGUCUUCUGCUCUCAGGGCCCCCACGUCGUCCUUCCCCUUCCCCGCAAGUCGUUCUCGAAAAGUGCUCUCGGGAAAGUCUCCCGCUCUGCUCUGAUGGCCGCCUAUCUGAAGGGCGACCAUGCCGCGCUGGAGCAGCGCAUCCGGGCUGCUGCUGACCGCAUGUCGGGAUCUACCCCGCUGAACCCUGUCGAGCAAAUCGUCUUCAAAGUCGUCGCCGACCUCCUGAACAUCGACGUCUCGCGCCUGAGCCGCUCCGCGAGCCUCUUCGACAUGGGUGUGUCGUCGAUUCACCUCGUGCGACUGAAGCACCUGCUUGAGCAGGAGCUUCACAUCAAUGAGAUUGCCAUCAUCGACAUGCUCAGCUACCCCGACCUUGGCGAGCUGUGCGACUACAUCGGGGAGGUGACGAAGGCCAGUGCCACGGAGGGAGCGCCAACCUACAAUCCACUUGUCUGCAUGAACUCGCACGGCUCGAAGCCACCCGUCUUCCUCGUCCACCCUGGCCUCGGCGAGGUCCUCGUCUUCGUGAGCCUCGCGCGCGCCCUCAACGACGAUCGGCCCGUCUACGCACUGCGAGCGCGCGGCUUCGGCGUCAACGAAGAGCCCUUCGACUCGUGGGACGAGAUGGUCGAGACCUACACCGCCGCGAUCGAGGAGCGCCAGCCCGAAGGUCCGUACUACCUCGGCGGCUACAGCAUUGGCGGCGCCAUCGCCUUCGAGAUCGGGAGGAAGCUUGAGUCCAGGGGCAAGCACGUCGCUUGGGUCGGCAUUUUCAACCUGAUGCCGCACUUCCAGUUCCGCAUGCACGACUUGCCGUGGCUCAAGGUUCUGCUCCACCUGUUCCUGGUCCUCGAACUCAUCUCGGAGAAAGACUUCGUCCCCAUCAAGGAUCAGUUGCUCGACGCGUUCCCCGACGUCACUCCAGGGGGAGAGGAACCGGCCGGGUCCACUCAGGUCGUCCAAUGGCUCAUCAAGCAUUCCGACCAGCAGCACUACCAGCAGCUCCAGCUUCAGCCUGAUGACAUGCGCCGCUGGGUCGGAGUCAUACGCGGGAUCGUCAAAGCCGGCCGCGACUACGUGUCGCAGGGUCCGCUUCGCGGUGGGUUGAUCACCGUCCUCUGCGCCGCUCCGCUUGCGUCGCUGGGCACGCGCGAGGAUUACAAGCAAAACCGUCUGUCGGUCUGGAAGAUCUACGGCAGCAACGGCGUCGAGCUCGUCGACCUUGAUGGCGCGCACUACACGAUGCUGUCGGACGAUAACGUGCACUCGUUCGCGAGCAAGAUGCGGGCUGCGAUGGAGCGUGCGCCCAAGGUCCCCACACCUCCCCCGUCCUUCGUCUCAAAGAACCAGCUCGUCUUCGACAAGAUCCCCGUCGUCGACUGGGCCCUGUCCGAGUCUGACCCUGCUGCUUACUACGAGCAGCUUCGCACCGCAUUCGAGGAAGUUGGCUUCGGCGUGUUCACCAACAUCCCCGGAUUCGACGACGAGUUCCAGAAGAAGAUCUUUGCCUAUGCCGAGCAGCUCUGCAGCAAGCCGCAGGCAUGGAAGGACGCUAUCUCGGCCGCCAAGUCGAAUGCGCUGCGGGGUUACUUCCGCGGCGACGAUACUGCAGGAGACAGCAAGGCACACUCCGAGGGGUAUCGGUUCGGAACCGAGCUCCCAGAGCCGGUGGCACAAGGGGACGAGGAAGUUCCGUUCUACCGCAAGUUGCAAGAAGGCCCCAACCAAUGGCCCGCGGAGGCCGACUUGCCAGGCUUCCGAUCAGCCUUGGAGACGCUGUUCGAACGCUACAUCUCGUUUAACCUCCAGCUCAACAAGCAUAUAUGCACCCUUCUCGACAUCCCUGAGGUGGUCCUGAACGAGUAUUACACGGAUUCUGUCAACUUCACGAGCGUGAUCUGGCACUACCUGCCGCUCACGCCCGAGAUGCGGGCGACGGCCAAGAACGGAUUCGUCAAGGGCAUGCAUGAGCACCGUGACCCGUCGACGCUGUAUAACUGCCUGAUCCAGUCGCGUCCUGGACUGCAAGUUCAGAAUCAUGCUGGGGAGUGGAUCGAUAUCCCCCUGGUCAAGGGCGGUGUCGUCUGCAACAUUGGUCUGCAGCUGAUGAAGCUGUCUGGCGGGAAGUUUGUCGCGGCGACGCAUCGCGUGAACACCCUGGGGAUUGACACGGAUCGCUACACCAUUCCAUACGCGCUCUCCACUCGACUCGAGAAGCCUGUGGUGCCUCUGCCGAAGUUCUCACUCGGUGACGCUACCAAGUACGAUGUUCCUCCGAAUCCCAAGCUUGUGAAGCUGCUAAGCGUUUCGGACCCGCUGGUACGCGGCGGUUACGCCUGGCUGACGCUAUUCCCGGCGGCUGCGAAGAAGCUGUACCCGAAGGAGUGGGCUGAGGCUAAGGAGAUGGGUAUCCUCUGAGUAAUGAUCGUACUAUCUAUUCAUCUUCGUGGUUAGAAAUUGUAUUGCUAUGUUGUGCUUUGUACCUGUACUUCCACGUGUCCAUCCUCCAGUGUAAUAUCUCGCGAAUUACGCGUACAAUACAUCAUGAAACAGC